AUGGCUUCCUCUUCUGUCGUUCCUCCAAAAGAAAAGUAUGAUGUCUUUCUCAGUUUUAGAGGCCUGGAUACUCGCGAGACUUUUACCAGCCAUCUUCAUGCUGCGCUGGUGAGAAGGAAAGUGGAAACUUACAUAGAUUACAGAUUUGAGAGAGGAGAUGAAGUUGGACCCGCCCUUCACAGAGAAAUCAAGGAAUCAAAGAUUUCCCUGAUCAUUUUCUCAGAAAACUAUGCUUCUUCCAGUUGGUGCUUGGAUGAAUUUGCUUUUAUUCUGAAAUGCAAAGAAAAAUAUAGGCAACUUGUUAUUCCAAUUAUUUAUACGGUAGAGCCAACACAUGUACGCCACCAGACCGAAACUUAUGGGACUGUCUUUGCUGAACAUGAACAGAGGCCGAAGGACAAGGUAGCCGAGUGGAAGAAAGCUUUAGUAGAAGCAGCCAAUUUAUCUGGGUUUGAUUCAUCUUCAAAAACUGUUCGGGAUGAUGCUGACUUAGUUGAGAAAGUCAUCAGUGUUGUGUUGGCUAAACUGAAACGUGAACCAUCAAUCGAUUUAACUCGUUUGAUUGGAGCUGAAGGCCGCAUUCAGAAAAUUCUGUUGGAAUUACACAUUAUCCCAGAUAAUUUCACUAUUUUCUUGCAAACGUGA